AAACUGCUUUGCUCUGAUAUCUGGCUCAAUUCUCAGCUUGCAGAGAGAACAGCCUGUACCUGGAGGAGCCAGACGCAGGAGGAGCUGAGGGACAACCAAGCACAGCUGAGAACUUCUGCCGAGGGUGCAGCUCCCACACCACAUAGCAUGGCAUGUGGAUCUAUGAUGAUGGGCCCCAUCUGUCUGGUGGAAAACCAGGAAAAUCAGCUGACAGUAAAUCCAAAAGCACUGGAGAUUCUUGACAAGAUCUCUCAGCCUGUGGUGGUGGUGGCCAUUGCUGGGCUGUAUCGGACAGGAAAAUCCUACCUAAUGAACCGCCUUGCAGGACAGAAUCAUGGUUUCCCUCUGGGCUCCACGGUGCAGUCUAAAACAAAGGGCAUCUGGAUGUGGUGUAUGCCCCACCCCUCCAAGCCGAAUCACAUCCUGGUCCUUCUGGACACCGAGGGCUUGGGCGAUGUGGAAAAGGGUGACUCUAACAAUGACUCGUGGAUCUUUGCACUGGCGGUGCUUCUGAGCAGCAUGCUAGUCUACAACAGCAUGGGGACCAUCAACAACCAGGCCUUGGAACAGCUGCACUAUGUGACUGAACUAGCCAACCUAAUCAGGACAAACUCCUCUCCCAGCUCCGGUGAAGUAGAUGACUCAGCUGAAUUUGUGAGUUUCUUUCCAGACUUUGUUUGGGCUGUACGGGAUUUCAUGCUGGAGCUGGAGUUAGACGGACGCCCCAUCACUGAAGAUGAGUACCUGGAGAAUGCCUUGAAAUUGAUUCCAGGCAAGAGUCCCCAAACCCAAAAUUGCAACAUGGCCAGGGUAUGUAUCUGGAAAUUCUUCCCCAAACGGAAGUGCUUUGUCUUUGACCAGCCUACACAUAACAAAAAUCAAUUACUUCAUAUUGAUGAAGCAUCAGAGGACCAACUGGAAAAGAGUUUCCAGGAACAGUCCAAAAAUUUCUGUUCAUAUAUCUUCAAAAAUGCAAAAACCAAGACCCUAAGAGAAGGAAUCAUUGUCACUGGAAAAAGGCUGGGGACUCUGGUGGUGACCUAUGUGAAAGCCAUCAAUAGUGGAGCAGUACCUUGUUUGGAGAACGCAGUGACAACUCUGGCCCAGCUUGAGAACUCAGCGGCCGUGCAGAAGGCAGCUGACCACUACAGUGAGCAGAUGGACCAGCGAGUGAGGCUCCCCACAGACACGCUCCAGGAGCUGCUGGACCUGCACGCAGCCUGUGAGAGGGAAGCCAUUGAAAUCUUCAUGGAGAACUCCUUCAAGGAUGACAAGAGGGAGUUCCAGAAAAAGCUUUUGGAAACCAUACAGGAAAAGAAGGGAGAUUUCAUGCAGCAGAACAAAGAGGCAUCUACAAAAUAUUGCCAGGCUCAGCUUAAGCAGCUCCUCGAGCCCUUGAUGAAAGAUAUUUCGAAAGGGACUUUCUCUGUGCCUGGAGGACACAAACUCUACUUAGAAGAAAUGGACAAGUUUGAACAAUCUUAUAAGCUGGUACCCAGGAAAGGAGUUAAGGCAAAUGAGGUUCUCCAGAGCUCCCUGAAGUCACUGGCUGCAACAGAGGAAUCCAUCCUGCAGGCAGAGAGCGCCCUCAGUGCUGCAGAGAAGAAAGUAGCAG